UUGCGCCGGCUCCUUUCCAGUCACUGUGCUCUCUCUCGAGCACGCGUUUUCUCCGCGAACACCUUCGCGCGAAAAGAAAAAAAAACAAAAAAAAAAAAAAACAACGGGAAUAUUCCGUCUCUCGGGAGACGUUUGAUCGAUCAAUCAAUUGUCCACGAUCAUCACAUCUCGGAGAAACGUCUUGACGAAGGUAACGGAUACGCAGACACCUCAAAUCGGUUGACGACUCGCGCUCAGAGUUAUAUUGUGUUUGUUUACGACGCCGUUAUUAUUACUGUGAACAUGAACGUCUGUUUGUGCCGCAAACUCGUAAGCGAGGACACGCAGGAGGAAGUUUCUUUGCGCGCGAGUAUUUUAUUCAGAGAUUAAAACGCAUUCGGAGUGCGUAAAUGUUCCAUAAUAACGAUUGGAAAAUCGCGACUAUGUCGGGUGGCCGACGACAGUACGGAAUUUCGUGACCGCUAACAACAAUACCACAGUUAUCCGUGGUAUUGCCAUCGUCGACGAUCCCAGCAACGAAUACGCGCAAGAAGUUCGAGAGAAACAACCCCAACCGAAUAUAAAUUAAUAUUCCGUAUUCGACUCUCGAUUUUCACGGAGAAGAGAGACAGAGAAGUAUCACAAUCAUGAUAAAGAGAACUACCAGGCAAGAGUCAAAGAUCCCGACGCAACAGACGAGUUUAAUGAGUGGCAGCGUGACGGCGGGCCGAGGCGACGACUCGACCUCGCCUUCGCCAUCUUCAGAAGUCAGCCGCAACGAGAACACUGCCGGCUCCGCCGUCCAAAACAUGGGUAGCACAGAUUCGGCGGGUAACGCCCGCGGGCCCUCUUGCAGUUUGGUCAGCACUCUUCUCUCCAACAACUGUCGGGGUAGCGCGGAAGCUUUCGCUCGUUGCCUUCAUCGACGACUGACGUCCUUGGGCAGCGAGAACGGGUCUCCCGAACGGGUGACGGACGCCGCCAAACCGCUCGAGACUUCGUGGCUGCACCCGACCUCGUCGAGUAAUCGGCACGUCAACAGUCUGACCGCCAACAAUCAGCACUCGAUUCAUCAGCAUCAGCCGCGCCACAGUCCGGAAUCGGAUCUCUUUUACGACAUCGAGGUGGACGACGAGCCAGGAUCACCUGCCGAAGAAGCAACCGCUGCCGAAAUGGCGCGUCUGUUGGUGAACUCCAAGACGAACUAUCACGACGCCUGCCACUGCUCGUCGAGCGCUACCAAAACGUCCGAAACCACGGACGUUCAUCAGGAUCCGGAAUCCGGCUGCGUGUUCGCGUCACCGUUUUCCAGCACACCGCCCGACAGCGACUCCUCCGAGAUGUUCUUCGAUCCGGAAUCCUCGGAGUCGGAAAAACCGAAGGUCGAGGUCUUCUUCGAUCCUGUCAGCACUUCCGACAGCGAGGCCGCGUCGAAUCUUUCCAACGCUUCCGUCCACGCGAAAGCCGCGCAAUCGAACGAACGCAGACGGGACACAAAUCCGGAACGUUGCGAGGACACGUCCGAAUCGAGCUGCUCGUCGAGGAGAAAUCCUGCGAUCUGUAAAAACGGUCACCGACAGGACGAGCUGAUCGGCAGUUCGGAGGAUUCGUUCGGCAGAAGUUCCCAAGAAACGACGACCUCGCCCAGCCACGAGUCUCUCUGGAGCACGUUCGACGACAGCACCGUGUCUUUGCAGGACGAGAGUCCUUCCAGAGGAGUCGAUCGCGUCGAUUUCGUACCUCACAUCUGUCUGCCCAAGUCGCAUUCCGAUUCCGAGCUACCGAGCAAUGGUGUUCUCGAGGAAACAUCCAUUGAGCUCGAUAACCGGAACGGAAAAGACGGAGAAAACAAACACAUCGGUAACAUCGACGUGGAAAAUACAUUGGAAAAUGUGGCAAACGAUGUCAGGAACGGUACCGAUCUAGACGAUUCUUCUGACGUUGUCGAUUCGGAGGAGAAAGGAAAUUUUACAGACGUAGAAUCUGAAGAAGUGUCGUCGAACAGUUUAUCCGAGCCGAAGAUUGAAGAGACGGUCGUAAGCGACAGCGAUACCGAACUUACUUUCAACAGCGCCGCUGAUACUUCGGACGCGGCGACGGAUUGUUCGAACAGCACCGGAGCGAAGAACGAGCUCAACCUUCAAAUUGGCAACGACAGUAACGCGGCGAGCAAUAACGACGAAGAGAAGUUGUGCCUGUUGCUAAAGAAACUGGGCAGCAGUACUUCCGCGAAAGAGGAGGAUCUCUCACCGGAACAGGAAACUCAAAGUGAAACAGUGGAAGAGGAAGAGGACAGACCGCAGAGAGUGCGCAGAUGUUCAUCCUUGAAAACGGGAAAAACACCACCCGGCACGCCCGGCAGAAAGAAGAUCGUGAGGUUCGCGGACAAGCUCGGUCUCGACCUGGCCGACGUGAGAACCUUCCUCGACGAGAUACCGAAGAUACCCAAUUCCGCGUACAACGAUCUGAUUUACGACGAUAUCUUCCGACCGCAGCACAGCAGCCCGGAAAACGCUGCGUCGUCCAUCCGUGACGAUUGGUGCGACCGUUAUCAGGACGAUGGCAGACGUAAAUCUAUGUCAGCAAUAUCGUCCAGGAAGAUCGAUCGGAUGCUGGUGCCGCUGUUUCAGCAACCGGGAGGCAUGGCGAACUUCCUGGACGUGGUGCGCGAACGGCGGGUCUGUCUAGAAAACGCGCUGGUGCAGGAUCCGGUGACCCUCGCGAUCCAGGGCACGGUGCGCGUCAUCAAUCUCGACUUUCACAAGUCCGUGCACAUACGUUACACCCUGAACGCCUGGCGGAACUUCAGCGAUCUGCAGGCCACCUACGUGUGCAACUCCUGCGACGGAUUCAGCGACAAAUUCUCCUUCGUUUUGUAUUGUCACACGCUGUCGGUCGGUCAGAGGCUCGAGUUCGCCGUCCGGUUCCAGUGCAAGGGCAUGCAGUACUGGGACAACAAUUCCGGUGCCAAUUACUGCUUCCAGUGUCUUCCGGCCUCGUCGUCAACCGGCUACAUACCGAUCACCGCUGACGAGAAUCGGCGCAGUAGCUGGUCGCCGAUGUUCUACUGAUGGCGCGGUUUCUGGUUGAAACUACUGAAUGGAUCGACAAAUAAGAGAGAGACUGUAGCGGCAAACGCGAGUUUCGUGAUACUCAACGGUUCAUAAACGUUCCUACAAGACAAGUGCUUCGCGACGAAAAGUACGAGACGAAAUGUGUCUUACCGAAAGUUUCUCCGGCGGAGAAAUUGUACGAUGUAUAACACUGUGGUGGUAUCUCAUGAUUUGGAGCGAAAAAAUUAAUGCGAGGAACUUCUUCUGCGCAAGUAUAUAGUUUGGACGCGCUUAAAGAGACGAGAAAUAUGAGAUAAGAUAAGAAAUCUGAUGUAAUAUUUAGGAAUCAUCCGGUUUUUUUUAUUCAUACAUCUCGCGAAUAAACUGACUGAUAUUCUAUUUUCAGAGAAUACGAUUGUCACAAUGCAAUAACUUUUUUAUAUCGCGUUGUAUAUAAACAAACAUUUUUUUACUACCUGAAAUCUCUUUCUUAGGGAAAUACUUUGUAAAAGAUUAUUUCCGACAAAGUUUUUGUUUUGCGUUCGUCGCAGUUUUUUGUUUCUUUUUUCCAAACUAUACUUGUGAAGAUCGAUAAAGAUUGUAAUUUUUGAAAUUUUACAUCUUUUUCGCAAAGCAGAGACGAACGAUCGCUCGUUUUGUAAGAAUUUUUUUAAUUAACGGAAUGGCCUAAGCUAAUGAUGAACAAGAAGUGCGAAGGACACACACACAUACGUAGAUAUGGUCUAAAUGUUCCUACGGAGUACCUAUACAGAAUUUGUAUCAAAGUUAUAGCUGAUGGGGAGGAUCAUACACUCAUUAAUCGACAGCACGCAGGAAAUAUUACAUGAGUUUAUUAACGUUAUCCAAUACACGAGACAGAGAGGCGAUAAUAAAAAAAAAAAAAAAAA